GCAAACAAUGGGAAUAUGGUUUUCAUCCAAGACAUUUCUGGCAGUGAAAGUGUUAAGCGUCAUCUUCCAAGCCCAGCUGUUGCAUGGGAUGUUACGCACUUUUGUAAGCCCAGAGGUGCUGUCUGCAACUUAAAUGGGUGCAGCCCCCAGCAGUGGCUGAGAAGUGGAGACUGGAUUACAGAUCAACGACAAGAUUCCUCAAGGAGUUGGAUGUAUAACAUGAAGAAUCCUCAGAAACAUGUGGGGCGUACAGAUCAGAUGCUGGGUGCUAUGGCGGACAUCCUAGGAUCCUUUGUACUUCCAAGUCAUCAAUGGAUUCCAGACACUUGCACAGAUGAUUCCUCUGCACCAGAACACAGCAGUAAUGAGGAAAAUGUGGAGGAGCCAAUAAGCCCAGAUAUGGAAAAAGAUCCAAACAAUGUGGAGUCCUCCGAAUCCAGCACCAGUCUGCUCUCACCUUCUGAAAACACAUGCCCUGGUAUCGGUAGGACUCGACGACUUUCAGAUUUCCGUGCAUGGUUUGCUGAAAAUUUUCGACAUAAUUCAGAAUCUGAAGAAGAAUCCUACUCCAUUGCUGGCAGUGAUGGCAGCAUAUCAGCCUCGGUGGCUUCCAUUCAACCUCAGCCCUCUACAAGUUCUGCCCCUAGUUCCCCAGGAUCUAGAAGGUCUGUUAGUACACUGAAGAAAUGGCUGACAAACCCAGUGAGAAAAUUAAGCAGUGGCAGCCGCCUUGAUCAUCGCCAGAAGAAGAUUGAAAGCCGGCCAAAAAGAGGCAUGCCUGGCCGGCGAAGGAGUGCAGACGAUGGGGGAAGAGCAAGCUUUGACUUAGGGGUUUUGGGGAAGAUGGAUGACUUCACCCAGGCUGAAGAUAAGAGUUUGGAAUGGAAAGAGCAAGAAAAUCCAGACAAACAUAACUUGCCCGACCUAUCAUUUCUGUGUGACCUGCUUCAAGGGUCGACAACAACCGAACUCAAUAAUAAGGAUCUGCAAACGUCCUACCUCUCAGACUCCAAGGAGGAUGAGUCUAUAGCUUCUGAAACAUCAACAUCUGUUGCUUCCUCCUAUCCCCCUGAAGAAACAGAAGAAGAAAGGAAGAGUGCCUUAGAAAAGAGUAUGUAUGUCUUAAUGGAAUUAAUAGAAACUGAGAAAAUGUAUGUUGACGAUUUGGGUCAAAUAGUAGAGGGUUAUAUGGCUACAAUGAGUGCUCAAGGAAUUCCUGAGGACAUGACGGGAAAAGACAAAAUUGUAUUUGGAAAUAUUCACCAGAUAUACGACUGGCACAAAGACUAUUUCCUUGGUGAACUUCAAAAGUGCCUUGAGGAUCCAAACCGAUUAGCACAUCUCUUCAUAAAACAUGAGCGCAGGCUGCACAUGUAUGUGGUAUAUUGCCAGAACAAGCCCAAGUCAGAGCACAUUGUGUCAGAAUACAUUGAUACCUACUUUGAGGAAUUGAGGCUACAGCUGUCACAUCGCCUGCAACUCAAUGACCUACUUAUCAAACCCGUGCAGAGGAUCAUGAAGUACCAGCUGCUGUUAAAGGAUUUCCUCAAGUAUUACAGCAAAGCUGGACAAGACACGACAGAACUGGAGAAAGCUGUGGAAGUGAUGUGUUUUGUUCCUAAAAGAUGCAAUGACAUGAUGAACCUUGGCCGGUUGCAAGGGUUUGAGGGAAAAAUCACAGCUCAAGGGAAGCUUCUUCAACAAGACACAUUUAUGGUUAUAGAACAGGAAUGCAGUUUUCUGACAAGGGGAAAGGAGCGGAGAGUCUUCCUCUUUGAGCAGCUCAUCAUUUUCAGUGAACCCAUUGACAAGAAAAAGGGAUUUUCACUUCCCGGGUACAUCUUUAAAAACAGCAUGAAGAUAAGCUGUCUAGGAAUUGAAGAAACUGUGGAUAAUGACCCCUGUAAAUUUGCACUGACAUCACGAGGUACAGAUCGCAGCUUAAUGCGUUACAUAUUGCAAGCCUCCUCCCCUGAGAUUAGAAUGGCCUGGGUUCGUGAAAUUGGGCAGAUACUGGAGAGCCAACGUAACUUUCUUAAUGCACUUCAGUCACCUAUUGAGUACCAACGCAGGGAAAGCAAAUCCAAUAGUCUUGGCCGAUCCAGUAACAACAAUUUGAUGGAUACUAGUCGUGGGGGUCUCAGACCUCAUUCAUCUGCUUCUAUGGAUAGAAAUAAAGUGCCCAAUCUCAAGUCAUACAACUCUUCCCUGCCAUCCCUUUAUUUGCCCAGCAACCCUCGUGAUAGCCGACUUGGAAGCAAGGGUCAUGCUCCUCGUAAGGGUUCACACUCAGAUGUCCUCCCCCCGGCAGUUCUUACCCCUGCACACAUCAGUCUUGAUUUAAAACUUUACCCGGAGUCCUCCACAUCUACUGUCUCCAAUGGAACCCCACAAAGUGACCCCACCAAUCGGAAGCUAAGCACAUUGUCCCGGGAGCUCCCUGGCUACGCCUCAGCCACAGAUGAAGUGAGUGCACCUAUUCCUCGACUAGCAAAGUUGGAUGAGGAUGAACUGUGAAUUUUGUCCGACUGUACAGGGUCAGAGCAGUUCCCUGGACUAGCAGAAUGCAUCCGUGGCCACUUCUGUGCUUGGGAGCAUGUGAGAAGGGAACUCACCUUAUUCUUGCCUUUUUCCAUACACAGUCUACAGUCCGAUGUCAGCUCUAUAAGGAACUUUGUUUAUUGAUGACUUUCCUACAGAAAAUGCAAUGAAGUCCCAGAACUGCUUGGGUGAUGUCCUGUGUUCACUAUGUGCUCAAGCAGAAGAAGGACUCUUCUAAUCCUACCUUGAUAGAGACAUGAAGGAAACGUGGGACACCAAUAUAUGGCACUCUAUGACUAUAGGUUUAAAUGAACUUAUGUGUUUCUCCAACCCCAACAGAAAAUAUCUAACUACUUCAUUCAUUACCAGAAUCCAACAGAGACUGAUCUGUGGAUACAAAGCUUUCCGCUGACAACUUGACAAUCAUGGAAACUGAGCAAAAUAUUAAAAACUUAUCUCAUGCUGAGUAACUGCAGGGCAUCAUGGAAAUGCUAUGCCUGAAACUACAUAGGUGUGUACUGUGCUCUCAGUGGAAGAGGCAUUUUCUACAGGCUCCAUUGAGAUGAAUUAAUCUCCAUUUGCACAUUCUAUAUACCCAGCAAGUUCAACAAAGUGUAUGAGGAGUAUGCAGUUUCAUCAACAAUACCAUUUCUAAACAGUUGUGCAAUAUUAAAAUACUUCUAUUUUCUGGUUACACUAUACACUAUUAGCACAUACACUUCUUGGAUGAAUACAUAGGUUAUACCCUGAUUGAGGUCAUCAUACAGUUUUUCCUGGGGUUUACGCUAUGCUCUAUGAAGACUAUGACUGAACAAUAUUUAUAGGUUAUCAGAAUGUUGAUUUAUAGCUGGAGUAUUUGUGCAUAGGCCUACAUUCUUAUACCCAUCUAUUGGCACCUUCAGAAUUUAGCAUUGGUACAUUAUAUGACAACCAUGGGUCGGAUAGAGUCUUAGAUAAUGGUUCUCAACCAGAACCUUUAUUUAUAGAACAAAUUUAUACCCAAAUCUCCCAUAAUAUCAUGGAUGUCCUUUUCUAUAGGUUUGUAUGAAAGGGGUUGGCCACUGCAGUAAUGAAUUACAUGAGGGAGUUACUCAUAUGUUGAGCCUUCACUGUAGCCCUGUUCAGAACCCCCUGCACCCAUGUGGUGGCUGGCCAGCUCAUCCAUCCAUAAGAUUGCAUCUUUUGGAGGAGUAUGUGAUGAUACACAACACUCUCCCUUCUCCACUGCCCCUGCACUGUUUGUUACUGCACCGUCUAAUGCAAUGGAGGAGGCAGAGUGAUGUGUAUAUAACAUGCUUAUUCAUAGGGAGACAUCUUGUUAACAGAUGAGCUGUCCAGCCAGCACACAGGCAUGGGGGGGGGGGGGGGGGGGCAUAGCUAAGGGUAUUCUGGCUUUAUACAUCUUAUCCCCUAUCCCAUAGACAUGAAUGGAGGGGGCUUGGCGUCACGUCACUAGUGGCCGUGAUGUCACCUUCCGGUCCCGGAGGCAGCAUCCGGCACAGAAUGCCAGGAGCUGCACCGAGGUCACAGGGGGUCCCCAGCAGCAGAACCCCGGUGAUCAUACAUCUUAUCCCCUAUCCUUUGGAUAGGGGAGCCAGAAUACCCCUUUAAGGUCACUGAUGACUAUUUGUAUCCCAAAUGGCUCCUACUUAGCCUGGUUUAUUUGCCGUCUGUUGAAAUCUUUUUAAACUUAUGGAAAUGCAGUUCUGAAGGGGUUAAUCCUGCCCUCUUCCAUACUAUUGUGCAAACACAGUAUUUCCCAUGUAAUUUUACUAAACUGUUGUAAUGAACAAAAGGUUUGCAUGAAUGUUGUUGUUCAGAUGUUUCCCAUGAUCCUAACAGUCAUGCCCACCCUCCUAAUUAUAUAUAAAACUUUGAUAUAAAAGAAUAUUGUUAUUAAAUAAUGUAAGUAUGAAGCCCAAAGAAGUCAGGGGUGAGAAUCUAAAGAACGUCUCAUCUCAUUUGUAUGCCAGAUCUGUUAUACACCUACUUUUCACAUGGUGUAUAUGGCAGCUUGGGAAGUCCAGCUGAUGCUUCUUACAUAUAGUUUAUAAUGAAAGCAACAGGAGCCAAAGAAGGGAUAGCCAAAGAAUGUAAGUAAUGUAUUUAUAUGUAACAGAGUAUCCAUUUUGGUGGGGAAUAGAUGAAGAAUUCUAUUGCAUUCAUUCUUGAAUGCUUACUUCAAAGACAGUGCUACACCAGUUUGCAGGUUGUGUAUGGUAUAACAGCUAAGCCCCUUUAACGUGUACCUACCAUUUCAAGAUGCUUUUCAGAAUAUGUGUGUGUGCAUAAGUCCCAUUAUAUAGCUUGCAUUUUUUCACCAGAGUUCUGCCCUGCAGGCUCCAUUUCUAAUUUUCAGUUGUCGUGAGUAGUAAGUGUAGCCUAUUCUCUAUGAUAUGGCUAUAAUACACUGCAUGCACACACAUAGAAGAGAAGAUCCUGUUUCUCUUUAUCUCUAUAGCACACCCUAAGAAGCAGCAGCAUGGAGGAUAUUAUAGAGCAGAAGUGAAUCAAGCACUGGAAUAGAGUAAUACUUAGGCUAUGUUCACACAUAGUAUUUUUCUCAGUAUUUUGAUCAUUAUUGUAAAACCAAAACCAGAAGUGUAGUCGAUUAAGAGGGAAACUAUAAUAGAAAGAUUUUCACCUAGUUUUUGUACCUACUCCAUGUUUUGGCAAAAGCAAAAUACUGACUAAAAUACUAUGUGUGGCCAUGGCCUUAACUCUUUCAAAGGAGUAGUCCGGCGCGCACUUUUUUCAUUUUAUCCCGUCCGGGCUG